GUUAGCCUGCGGAUGCUAACUAUUAGCAAAACAACAACGCACUUCCGCUUUUGGUUCGACUGUAAAAUACUUCCGAAAGUUGGUUCAAUUGAAAAGUGCGAAGUUGAGCUUACACAAACCGUGAAAUUGGAAUCCAAAGAUGAAACGUUUCCAUGCGGACAAACAACAACCUCCACAGCCAGACAUUUAAGCCAGGAGGAGCUGGACAGACUGAGCAGCGAGCGGACUCUGGUGUCCGACUUCAAACAGAUGAAACUUGAAAAAGAAGCUCAAAAAAACUGGGACUUGUUUUACAAAAGAAAUACGACGAAUUUCUUCAAAGACAGACACUGGACCACCAGAGAGUUUGAGGAGCUCCAAGCAUGUAGAGAGUUUGAGUCCCAGAAGCUGGUUCUGCUGGAGGCUGGGUGUGGAGUAGGAAACUGCAUCUUCCCUCUGCUGGAGGAAGACCUCAACAUCUUUGUUUAUGCGUGUGAUUUCUCACCCCGAGCUGUUGAAUUUGUCAAAAAAAAUCCUCUGUACCGCCCCGAGCGCUGCUGUGCGUUCCAGUGUGAUUUAACGAAAGACCAUCUGAUGGAAAAUGUUCCAGAGGCCAGCGUCGACGUCGUAACUCUCAUCUUUGUCCUGUCAGCCGUUCAUCCUGACAAGAUGAAGGUGGCUUUAGAGAACAUUGGCAAGGUCCUGAAGCCUGGCGGUGUCGUCCUGUUCAGGGAUUACGGCCUCUAUGAUCACGCUAUGCUCCGGUUUAAAUCUGGCAGCAAGCUGGGGGACAACUUCUACGUCCGUCAAGAUGGAACAAGGUCCUACUUCUUCUCUAAAGAGUUCCUGGCUAAGCUGUUUGAAGAGGCGGGCUUCCAGUCUGUGGUUAAUGAAUAUGUCCUGAGAGAGACGGUCAAUAAGAAAGAGGGGCUUUGUGUUCCCAGAGUUUUCCUUCAGAGCAAGUUUAUCAAACCAGCACAUUCCCAACAAGUUUGUGGACUGUUAUCUCACAAUACUUCCAAGGAGAGCAAACCAGAAGAUUGAAAUGUGGACAGUAAAAGAAUUUAUAUCUGCUGGAUGAAAUUGGAAACUACAAUAAGGGACUUGGAUUUCCUACCAUGUUUGUUCUUUGAACAAGGAGGUAUUUACAUUUUUUGCACAACAAAAGUUCUCUGUUUAUUAGCAUGCAAAUAAAGAACCAGGUGAGGAUUU